AUGGACUCGUUCUUCGACUUCAACCAAGGCGGCAACCAGCCCUCGCCUGCCACGGCCACAUCGUCGCGCGCCGACGCGCUCUCGCCGUUCGAAAAGGAGGAGCGACAGCAGUUCAAUGGCCCUAGCCACGACUAUGGCCAGUUCAAGCAACAGGUCGGCCUGCCGGUCGGCAGCAUGUCCAACAUGCCUAUGAACAACUUCGAGGGCUUCAACUCAGGCAUCGACGAGAUGGGAUUCAACUCGGGCUUCGGAUGGAACUCUGGUAUCGACAUGGACGCCGACAUGAGCGUCGACUUCAACAGCACCCAGCCGAUGCCUCCCAUGUUCUUCCCAUCCAACGACGGUCCCUCCGACAACUACGUCAACCCCAACAACGUCGGCGGCCACGAAGAGCCACAGAGCAACGUCGGUCGUCUUUGGCCUGGCAUGCACUCUCAGCAGGCGCAGCAGGCUGCGAUGCAAAAGGCUGCUGCGGCUGCGGCUGUUCAGCAACGUCAGAUGAAACUGCAAGCCCAGCAGGCCCAGUACCGCCAAGCCGCCAAUGCUUCGCAAAAUCAGAGCAGCCAAGGUUCGCAGCAAACACAUGGCAAUGGCAAGCGUGCAUCGCACACUAGUGAGCCACAUGUCGAAGAGUCCAUCUCCCGUCUCUUGAACCAGAUGCGCCAGAACAGCUCCGCGCAGGCCGCGGAUGAUGAGGGCUCGCCAAAUGACAGCCUGCCACACAUUGCUCGCAUGAAGAAGGACGAAGAGGAGAUGGAUGAGGAUGAGCGUCUGCUUGCAUCUGAAGAGGGCAAGAAGCUCUCCAGCAAGGAACGCCGCCAGCUCCGGAACAAGGUCUCCGCUCGUGCUUUCCGCUCGAGGAGAAAGGAAUACAUCGGCCAGCUCGAAGGCGAAGUUGCCAUGAAGGCUCAAGAGAGCAGCAGCCUUCGCCAAGAGAACCAAGCGCUGAUGCACGAGAAUGAACGCUACCGUGGCCUCAUCGAGACUCUGCUCCGCCACCCAGCGUUCACUCCGUUCAUCAAUGACAUCAGUAAAGAUCCAUCUGUGUUGAUGCCUCCUCAACUUCAGCAACACCGUCAGCAACAACAACAGCAGCAGCAACAGCAGACAUCCGUCGCCCCAACUCCUCAACCGCAGCAAGCUCAGCCCCAGCAGCAGUCUCAGGCAGACAUGAAGCCCGAGUUUCUGAACUUCGACGCCUCUCAACUCCAGGUCCCAUCGCAAUCGCAAUCAGAGCAGCAGCAAAUCGGCCUCGCUAUGAUCCCCGAGAACGAUUUCUCCAAACUCAACCUCAACAAUUUCAACUCGAUGAACUUCAACAACAACCAGAACUACAACGGCGUCAACGCCUAUGUUGUUCAGGAUUUACCUACCGGUCCUGACCCUGUCGACCUGCUCAUCGAAUCGCCUACUCGCCUGCCUUACUCUACUGCUGCCUCUACCGACUACUUCUCUGCUGCCCAUGCACCUGUCGACUCUGGACUCACCGUACUACUGGCCAAACUCGACAACGCUGCACGCAAAGUCGACGUAAACCAAUCUCUCUACUAG